CAGCGCCUCACGGUGCGAAUAGUGCCGUGUUUGUUUACUUCGUGCAGUGCAGACAGUCAGCCCACGAUUUUGUUUGGUUAAGUCUUCAACCGCACAUCGGAAAUGAUUCCCACAGAAAGCCCUUCGCUCCGAACAGGAGACACUGUGUUGCCCGGUGACGAUGUCACGAGUGCUCUGCGAACUAACGAUGCCCUCAAAGUGGUGCUGGGCCCAGGACUGCGGCGGGAGGGCGGGCAGGUGGUGGCCAGCAGGUCCGGGGUCCUAAGGAUGCCCAAGAACAAUGUGUUUGUUGUGGAAGCUUACCAGAAGCGGUACAUCCCCGUCAAAGACGAGCAUGUUGUGGGUGUGGUGACCAAUGCAGGCAGCGACAUUUUCAGGGUUGACAUUGGUGCAAGUGUGUCGGCAUCCUUGUCAUAUCUAGACUUCGAACAUGCCACGAAGAAAAACCGACCCAACAUCCAGGUUGGAGACGUUGUAUAUGCCAAGCUUUCUACAGCAGGACGUGACAUGGAACCAGAAUUGGUCUGUGUUGAUGCCCAUGGUAAAGCCAACAAGUUAGGAAAAUUAGAAGAUGGUUUCCUUAUCACUUGUAGUUUAAACCUAAUCCGAAAACUCCUGUCUGUUAGCUGUCCCCUUUUAAAGGCCCUAGGUCAAAAGUGGCCUUAUGAAUGUGCUUUUGGUAUGAAUGGUAAAGUAUGGAUUAAGGCCAGGAGUACAAAAGAAACAAUUGCUAUUGCUAAUGCCAUAUAUGAGUCAGAACAUAUGGACAAUGACCAAAUAAAGCAAAUGUGCAUAAAUCUAGGAGUCAUUGUUGACUCUAUAUAAUUGAUGAAGUUUCUAUCUGCACCCUCAGUUUUAAUUUAACCCUUAUAAGAGCUGUUUAAAUUUGUUAAGUGGAGUCUGGUGUAGUGUAUUUAGGGAAAAUCUGUUCUAAAUAAAACAAAACUGGACUAAGUACUGGA